AUGAAAGACUAUGUAGGAGAAGGUGAAAAAAUGGUGCGCGCUCUGUUUGCUGUCGCCAGAAUUCAUCAACCAGCAGUAAUUUUCAUCGAUGAAAUUGACUCUCUUUUGACUCAGCGCUCUGAAACGGAACACGAGUCGAGCAGACGAAUAAAGACAGAAUUCUUAGUUCAAUUGGAUGGCGUGGGGACAGGAUCGAGUGAGCGAUUGCUACUAGUAGGAGCAACUAAUAGGCCCCAGGAGCUAGAUGAGGCUGCCCGAAGACGCUUCGUCAAACGCCUGUAUAUCCCGUUGCCCUGCCGACUAGCCAGACGCCAGAUUGUUGUACGCCUGCUGAGCCAACAGUCAAGGUGUUUAACGGAGCAAGAACUGGAUCUGAUAGCCGAAAGAUCAGAAGGAUAUUCUGGUGCCGAUGUGGCAAACCUUUGCAGGGAAGCAGCCAUGGGCCCCAUAAGGUCACUGGAUAUUGAGGCAAUCCAAUCAAUCGCCUGUGAUCAGGUUCGGGCAAUAGAGAUUUGCGACUUUGAAUCUGCUUUUGGUCAGAUUCGAGCAAGUGUAUCACCCAAGGAUCUGGACCAUUAUAUGGCGUGGAAUACUCAAUACGGAAGUUUUCAAAUUUAA